AAGAAAUAAAAAAAUAAAAAAUAUAGCUUGGUGUAUGUACAACAGAACAGAGUGACAGUGUUAGAGCCAAUAGACAAAUAUCUAUUCAUUUCACGCUUUCUGUAAUCCCUACUUCGUUUCGCCUCUGUUUCAUUUUGCCCUUUGUUUCUUACAAACCAUCUAGGUAUUGAAACAAAAACACAUCAAUCUUAUUGUUUCAUCACCAUCUAGAGUUCUUUUGAGUGCUUUACCAGAUUCCAUUAUCUCAUAUAUCACAUCAACAACAACUUAUCUUCAUUUCUGAGACCCUUGUUUGCAUGAACGCGGCUUUUUCAGAUAUUUUAAGAUAUCAUGGGUAGAGGUAGAGGAAAGGGUAAAAAGCCAACUGUUACUAACCAUGACGACACUGUAAGUGGUGAAGAUGAAAAGGUUCCAAUACAGAAGAAAAGAGGCAGACCACAGAAACCGGUAAAGGACGACUUUGACGAAGAAGUUGAGAAAAUAGAUGACAGUGAGAAUGUUAAGAAUGGAGUAACUAACAAAGAGAUGAAAAGUCCUACAGCAGCAGAACUUGCAAGGAAAAGGAAAAGAAACUCACAGGUAAAAGAGAAGUUAGAUUCAGCUGAGGAAGAAAAUGGCGUUGGAAGCCGAUCAAGCACAGAGGAGUCCGCGAAAUCCAAUGGAUUUAGGCAUAAUGGAAGCAGACGCAAAAGCACGCCUCGUAGAGCUGCUGAAGCUGGUGUUCAGUGCCAGUAAGAAGAUUAAUGAAGAUUGUGCAACAACAACUUUCUUCCUUUUUCAUAUUACCGGCUAAGAUAUGAUAUAGGAACUGAGGCCUAGAAAUCUUUGAUUUCUUUAAUUUUAUUUACCUGUUUUUGCUUCUUUGUCCUUAUUUUUAUUUUCCUUAUUGAUUUGGUGGGACUAGUUUGAGGGUUUCCAUUUGGUGAUUCCCUAACAUUAACUCUCAUUUUUUUUUUCUAAUGCAAAUCAUGAAUUUUAGAAUUUA